UCCCUCCUCCUUCAGCUUGUCGUUCACGAGGUUUUGCAGUCGCUAAAACCCUACUCAGCCAGAGCAGGAAGAAGGCAGCUUAGCGACGAGGUUCCGAGGCCAGGGACGCAACAGCGAAGCUCGAAGUCUUGGUUUGAACCUCCUCGCGGGUCGAACCAUUGCACGAUUGGCGAAUUGGGGGACUCGUCGGGAGGUAGAAGUCGAGCGGAUUGGCCUCUAACGUUGUUCUAGGAAAUGUCUGCCGAGGCGAAAUUAAGGGUGAAGCUAAAGAAGAAACUUAAACCUGCCAUUCGGAAUUCUAAGAAGCUUGGAGAAGGAAAUGCUGUUCCUGCGAAUCAAUCUUCUCGCAAGGGCAAUAAAGUUUUCAAGAAAGAGAAGGGACUGAGGAGUGAGCAGAAAUCAGAUUCGAGCGUGGUAAGUACAAUUAAACUCGCAACUUCUGAUAGGAGAAAGAAGCGGAUUUAUGCUGGAAGGGACAAGGAUGGAGAGGAAAUGUCCCAGGAUUAUAGAGAGCCAGCGGAGAUGAAGUCUUCAAUCAGAAAAGGACAGAAGCAGUUGGAACUCAACUCUGUUUUAGUAAAAGGCAGUAAAGUAUCACAUCGCACCAUGUGGGCUUCUGGCAGAGUGAAUGAUGCUAUGACCAAGGUUCAGGAUUCUUCCUUGAAGUUCAAGAGGAAAGGGCAAAAAGUCGAAGUUUCCAGCUCAAAUCUGAAAACCAAGACGAUGGAGGCAGGGAAGAAGAACGAUGCUGGCGCAACUGAUUUGUCGAGGAAGCACAUGAAAGGCAAAUUGGAGGCAGGCAAGCAUUUGAGUCAGCUUCAAAACAAGCGUAUGGACACUUCUCCUCCAAAACUCGUCACGAAAAAGGCAUCGAGGAAAAUAGGCACUGAUGAUAAUCGUGAUGUAAAAGAUGACCAGCCUAAGAAGAGGAAGCGUAUACGCAUAGAUCCAUAUGAUAUUUCAAAUAAGCGGCUAGAUGACAGCAUACUCAUCGAGGAAAAUGCUAAGGAGAACAAAGAACCUGAAAAGAAUGUUGAGAUGUCGAGUAAUGCUCGGUUCCGUGCAAUACAGCCUUGCCCCUCUAUCCUUUCCUUUGUUGAGGAUAAUCUGCUUGGGCGUAGACGAAUGAUUGAGCUUCGGAGGGCCGGCUACAACGUGGAUCUUUCUGCCCCUUUGGACAAUAUGCCCUUAUCUACGAGUUCUGAAAGAGAGAGGAUUGAAGAAAAUGUGUUCAGGAACAAAUUAAGCUUUUUUGCUGCUGCAAAUGUUUCAUCAUCAUUUCCAAGCCCGGACCUUCCGGAGAUUGCAUUUGCAGGAAGGUCAAAUGUUGGAAAAUCAUCACUAUUAAAUGCACUCACCAGACAAUGGGGUGUUGUUAGGACGUCAGAUAAGCCUGGACUUACUCAGACAAUUAAUUUCUUCAACCUAGGAUCCAAGCUCUGCUUGGUUGAUUUGCCUGGAUAUGGCUUUGCUUAUGCAAAAGAAGAAGUCAAAGAUGCUUGGGAGGAGCUUGUAAAGGAGUAUGUCUCCACAAGAAUCGGCUUGAAGCGAGUUUGUUUACUCAUUGAUACAAAAUGGGGUAUGAAACCGAGGGAUCAUGAACUCGUUGAUUUGAUGGAAAGAUCUCAAACUAAAUAUCAGAUUGUUCUAACCAAGACAGAUCUGGUGUUUCCAAUUGAUGUGGCACGCCGUGCGAUGCAAAUUGAAGAGAGUCUGAGCUCAAACAAGUCCAUCAUUCAACCUGUGAUGAUGGUGAGCUCAAAAUCUGGAGCUGGUAUGAGAACUCUAAGAACUGUACUUUCCAAGAUUGCUCGAUUUGCCAAAGCAUAGUAUUGACUGAGCUCAAUUGAUGCCUGUGGCAAACCAGGGACAGGGGUAGUGCUGUGUGAUAGUGACUUUAGUCAAUUUUCAUCUAUGUCACAGGCUUCACCAACGAUUGAUGCUGGGUUGUGGGCCUUAAAUUGGGAUUUGGAUCAACAGAUAUAUCUUCAGCCAGAUUGGCGUAAUGGUAGCAAGAGGGCUUGGCCUCCUCUGCUGGAGCAUCUGACCUAUUUGAAGAUUGCAAAAGGGACAGAGCUCCCUUACUUGCAAGUUAAGUGAGGCUGUAUUUGGCAGCCGAAUCAUCUUCGCCGUCUGCGAGUACUGCAGGAAUCAGUACCAGGAGUGAUUUCUUCGGGUUUUUCGGGAAGUCCAUUUCUGUUUUAGUUUUCAAUUGAUGACAAGAAAAUCUUCACCCAGGAAUUCAUAGUUGUUAACCUUUGUAGUUUAUAGAAACUUGCAGAAGCUGCAAUUUUUGUGAGCAGUAGUAAUGUAAAAGGCACGAUUCAGUUUAUAUCAAA